AUGUUAUCUGUCUACUACAGGUAUGACUGGGGAGGCGUGUGCGUGCGGGCCGACUCCUGCCAGACUUUUGCCUGAACCAGAGCCCGAUCAUCUCUACGACCACCAUUCGUCUGAAGAGGAGCUCGAGGUGAUCAACGGGGUGCCCAGCUCCGCACCGGCCUGCCCCGGCGCCACCGCGGAGUCCAGGAGACGAGGAGCGUCGUCCCCGCCGCCCACCGCCCCAGAGAAACGCAAGUGGUCAGCGCACCCCUACAUCGACUCCGACGAGCUGACGGCCAGAGCGCCCUCCUCCGACGACGACGACACUAAGGUGGAGACCCCGGUGCGGUUCCGCACGUCUCCCCCGCUGGAGGCACUGAAGCCGCGUCGGGCGGCCGCGGGCUGUGCGUGCGCGCCCGACCGCGCCUGGGAGCCGCCCUCGCCGCACCCGCCGCCCUCCCCGCACUCCCCGCACUCACCGCGCCGUCGCCGACACAGACCCGCACUCGACUUUGAUAAAAUGCAACAGCUGAAGAUGGGCGGCGCAGGCGUGUCAGGCGUGGGGUCCGUGGGGCGCAUGGGGUCGGUGGGGCGCGUGGGGGGCGUGCGGUCGUGGCGCGCGGUGGGUGGCGCGCACGCAGGCGAGCUCUCCGUGUUCUGCUGGUGACGGAACAUCGACAGCAAGCGGAGCACCGCCAGCGUCUCAGAGUGUGUGGUGAGUGCGGGCGUGUGAGGGCGCCCGGGGACCACACCGCGCCGCGCGUGCGGUGGUCACUCGUUCGGAUACUACAAGUAAACACGGCUGACUCGUUAGCCGGAUAUGUUAGUUGACUUAUUGAACGUGUGUUUGUAUUGGAGGGUCGUCCUAGAACUUUUUUGUAUUUUUCUACAUACAAAAUAUCAUAUCCACAGCAAAUAGUGCAAUAUGAAACGUCGCGGGCAUGUCCGCGGCGCGCGGUGUCGACUCGUUUUGUACCUCAAUAUUUAGUAUCGAGUAAGACUUAGAAAUGUUUGUGGUAUUUUUUUUCUGUAAUGUUGAGGUCUAAAACACAUUGUGGUGAAAAAGAUUUUUUACUGUUUGUAAAAAAAAUAUUUAAAUAAAUAUCAUGUCACGGCUACAUUUUUGUCUCGCACGAGCCGAGCGGCGGAGGGCGCGCCGCUGCCCCGGGACAACUAAAUCUUUUGUAAAUAACGAAAUGAAAUUUUUUGGAAAAUUUUGUAUAUUGAACGUAACACAAAUUGUUGUCUACGGCUAAGGCGCUACACCAGUGACACAACCUUGGAAUCGAACUAAAUACUGUCGACUUUUUGUGUACAUAAUGUAUGUACACCUCACAGUAGACACUACGCCCCCUCCCCCAACCCCGCGCCGCCCCCUCCGCCCCGUGCUGCGAUGUCGUGUGUACAUAAAACCAAUGUUGUAAAGCUUUUUGUAGGCAAACGAUAUUGUAUAAUAACCUAAAAUAAUAAAUCGACGUGACUCGUUCGUAAUACUUUGCUGGUUUUUGUAUAAUGCACUCUAAGCGUAUACACAAUAAGUACAAAACGUGUAUUUACCGUACCGUGUCGUACAUUAGGAGACGGCGCGAAGUGUUCGUCGGACGUGGAAAACGUAAACUCUGCGAUAAAUUAUUUCAAUGUAAUCGCUAAUGACUACCUAAUACAACUUCGAAGUUCAUAUUCGAUAUAUUUACGAAUAUAAUUUUGUAAAUAUGUAAGUUUUAUUGGCUAGAACCGGAAAGUCUCUGAGAGAUAUAAAUUUUUAUUGAAAAGUCUAAAGUGCGGAAAUUGAAUUGUGGAUAUUACAAUAAAUAAAGUAGAUAUUGGUGAAUUAAAAGCAUAAAAUAUGUCUGAGAAAUAAAACGUUUCAAUUUGAUUAGCGCCACUUUAUUAAUAACUGUGUGUGUAAAAUUUUAUAUGUAAAUAAAUAAUAAUAAUGAUAAUGUUAAUGUGUUAAACAAUUAAUAAAGUAAUCAAUGAAUAUUGUAUAAUGUCACAUUCGUGAACUAGCUGUGAAACUUGUUAGUAAUCUGUAUUCUGUGUGAAGUGACGUCAGGUGACAUUAACGUCAGCUGUCGCCUCCCGCGCGCAGCCGCAGGGACAUUGCAGCUUACUGCCAAACCGCUCGGAUAGUCCGACUCUGGCCUAGGUUUUGUUAUUGACAUUGGCGACGCCAAGGACGCAGCAGCCGCUCGUUUUUAUAUUCACAUCGUACGUUUACGUUUUCCAAGGUCGACUUGUAGGAUCAUUAUUUUCUAAGAUUUUUUAAAGAUCACAUUUGAAAUUUAUUACUCUGAAAUUUUUUAUAAAAAAUGACUAAUGCAUUGCAGUUUUGUAAACGUAAUAAAUACAAGCUAAGCUCCGAUACAUAAUUAAUGAAUUCUCGUUCAGAAGAAGAAGUUUGAUUUUGUAAACAAAACUUCGAAAUAGUUUUGUAUGUGACAGGCUAAAACAACAACAGAAUUAAAUUUCUCAUGUGGCACACAUUAAAAGUGCAUCGCUUUGGUGAUAAAACAAAUAAUUGGUGGUCAUUCUUAUUCGGAGCCACAUUUGUAUAUAAUAUGAAGCCUAGACUUCAAUGUGUCCCUACUGUGCCGGUCGCUCUUGUCAGCCCUGAUUCUGUGGCCGGCGGCCGGCGCAGGCGACGCGUACCUACGAUUCACGCUCACACUGACAUAUGUGGGUUACUCUGAGGAUUAAUGUUUGCCUUAGUACAACACUGACGUUUGUUUGAAUGGUUAUUGAUACAUUUUGAAGGAGGUAUAAAUUUAUAUAUGUAUUAUUAUCGGUAGAGUUCGAAGUAGGGUUGCCAACCGCACCGUUAAAUAUAUUAUCUUAAUGUGAUUAAUAUGUUUCUAACACAAUUGUGUAACAGUCGAAAUUUUAUAUGUGGACAACUGAAAUAUUAUGUGUUACUAAAUUUUCUCUAAAAUUAAAUUCAUCGUGAAUCUUAAAACCUAUGUUAUACAUAUAUUUAUAUCAUCUACUAUACAUUACUCUUUUAUAUUUAGGUAACGAUUACAAUUUAACAAGUAACGUAAAGAGCCAGUAAGUAAUUGUGUGUACUCAAAUUUUUAUAAUUUCUUAGUGAUGACAAAGUCAUUACAAAUAAAAUUUAGAAAUCCUUCAUACGCUACUAGACCCGCGACAAGUCACCGUCUGCGUGGCGCUUGAAUUUUGUCAGUAAUUUGGUUUUUCUUGCGAUACGUUUUGAUAUUUGCGUAAUCUGGUUGUCCCGUUUCGACUACAUCUGGCAAUAUUAAUUCUAGUUUUAUCUAAUUAUAGUGUAUUUCAUCUGAGAGCAGUUGGCAACCCUAGCAUGAGGCGUUAAUAGCCUCGGGCGGUUUGAUCUCGAAUUGCGACUGAAUUGCUCGAUGACUGUGUGAAACUGAUCAGCUUCACGGCACACAACUAGCAUUGCUUGUACCGAAUCUAAUUAAUUAAAAUUAACUCACUCAGACUCAACUAAAAUUAACUCACUUACACAAUUUUGCCAGUAAAUUUAAAAAUAAAUUUGCAAUAAAUAUAGUAGAUCACCUCAAGUCCGUGUCGGCUCUGUGGUCCACGGCGCGGGAAAACGUGUUUUCAAUUUGUUAGUUGUGCCCGCCAGCGAUCCGUUUCACGACAAAUAUUCGUGCCCAAAAACGUGAUGCUUCAUAGUUUUAUAUUUUACCAGUUUUUUUUUUACCAACGCCUUUGUGUUGCGACGUCGAGCACGAGAAUGCGAGAAGGAUGUGCAAUAUUUGUAAUGUAUUGUAUUGUAGAAUGGAUUUUAAAGUUACGGCGUGAUUUUGACAUUUCGUUUAUCUUUUGAAAGUGUUUGAUUUGUGUGAUAUCAUUCAGCAAUUUGUAAGAAGCUUAGAAGAUUAAAACACGUCCCAAAUGAAUCAACACAAUGACGCUAAGUUGGCCUGAAUGUCAGAUUUCAUAACCAUUUGGCCGAGUGGCCAGGUUCAGUGAACUCGCUCGACGUCCGCACCCGGCGCGGUGGUUGGAUCUACUCGUGUGUAUUGUUGCAUACCUGUGGUAGUCGUUUUAGCGGGGCUAAGACAUUGUUACUUUGUAUUGUGUAGUAAACGAAAAAGAAAACUUUUUGAAAUUGGCAGUGAGAGUGAAAUACAGUGGAUUUUACUAUAUAGAGACAAUUAACAAAUUUUUCAAAUUGAUAAUUGAGAAAAUACUAAGACUUAAAAAUCGCUUGAUAAAAUUUAUUGUAUGUAAAUAGCGUUAAGUUACGUAGUGUAUAAGUGCAGUCGAGUCGUAGCGGUGUAACAAAGUGUACGGAGCGACGCUCUGCGUCACGCUUUUGUUAAUUUUCAUUUUAUAAUUGUUUUAAUUCGUUUAGAAAAUUGUUCAAUUUUCGUUACUCAAUAUUUCUUUGUUGACAUUACGCCCUUGAACAGAUUCAUCGCAGCCUUUUAUUUAUGAUUCACUCAAUAUUUUUGAUCUAAACGUUACUGAAUAAUAAUCGAAAAUUCUGUGGCACAUUCCUGUUUUAAUCUUCUGUGCUAACAUUGUUAUCAUGUUAUGAAUAAAUCAGCUGUAAUAAAUAAAAAACGAAAUACGAAGAAUAUUAUAAGUAGUUUGGCAUCAGCUGUUUUGUGUUAAAUAAAAUUAAAGAAAUAGCUACUGACUUCAUAAUUAAAGUCAACACAGUGUUGUACUAAAAGCCUGCGAUGAACCAAAUGAAAGUCAAUGGUGAUUACAUACAUAUAAUAUAUAUAUUUUUAAUAUUAUAUUGACUAACAAGCGUAAUAAAGAGUGAGCAGUGGCACAUCUUGAAA